CAAAAAGGGAUGUUUUUUCCCGAUUGAAACGUAAGAAAUUCCCAAAUGAAAGCUAGAGCUCUACUUUACUGUUAAAUAAUUAUUUUCGAUACCGUUUAUAAAUUUUAUAUCCGGGAUUCCGUAUGUUAUUAUUUUUAACUCGCUGACGUUAUAUCCGAUUAUCGCAUCGAGCACGCCACUCUCCGCGCAGACUUGUCGUUCCUUACACUCGGCCUAAUGUAAUGCGUCGUGUCAGUCCUUUUGCUACCAUCAGAUGUUCGUUUAUUAUUUUUCUAAGGAUUAUAUUUGAAUUGUCCGAAAGCAUUUAAUCACUUACGACGUACAGUAACCGGUAAAGCUAUACCGCACCAAAUGACCGACCAUUAUGACCAAAUAUAUCCGUACAAUAAACACAUGGUUCCGAUGACGUCGUAUCUUCAAGGUCAAGUAAACAAUUGUCGUACCGCGUAAGUGAAAACAUGCCUUCGCACAAUUCCAAAUACUAUUCAAAGAAACUAAAUAAAAGAACGGCAGAUGGGAGUAAAAAGACAUUUUGUUUAAGCAAGCAAAGCUAGAACGUCAGAAUACCCCACCCUCAAACACCGAAAGUGAGACAACCCCACCCAAAAAAAAAUGAAAAUGAAAGUGAAGUUUCAUUUGAUUUCCCCCCACAAAAUGAAAGUGAAAGUGAAGUUUCAGUUGAUUUUCCCCCACAAAAUGAAAGUGAAAGUGAAGUUUCAGCUGAAUUCUCUGUUACAUCUGAAAAUGCCCCUCUUAUUUCUAAGGAUGCUGAAGGAGACUCUCCUGUUUCUCUGUCUGUGGAUGCUGCAAGUACUUCCGAUAGAAGGCCCCCAAACAAAAUAUCCGUCAAGUAUGAGUUAAUGUACAACUGGUUGUAUUACAGUGCUAGUAAAGGAGGCUACUGCUGUAAAGUAUGUGAACUGUUCUACUCUUUCAGUCCUGGGGUGACUAAUAAAGCAUUUAUUGAUGGCACGAGUUUAAGUGACCACCCUGAGCGGAAGUUUUCUACUCAUGACAAGUCUAACUCACACAUGAAAGCUCAUGAGUGGUAUACAUCAUCACUGAUUAAACAAGGGGCUCUAGAAAAGGCAUUUAAAAACGCUGAGAAAACAAAUUUGUCCGAAAAAGAAAUAAAACAAAAUAGAGAAUACGUUGGCACUCUUAUUACUAGUUUAUAUUACAUUAUUAGAAAUAGAUGGUCUCUGAACAGCUUUGAUGGAUUUAUCGAAACACCAGCUGACCUUGAAUGCCCAAGUAUUUUACAAUACUACAAUGCCAAUCCUACAGUCAAAUACAAAUCUAGUACUUCUACAAAAGAAAUUCUUGAUGUUAUUGACAAAUACUUUGAGAAGUCAAUAUUAGAAGAAGUCAGAUCCUGUGAUUUCUAUUCAAUCCUUGCUGAUGAGUCCACAGAUGAUGCAAACAGAACACAGUUUGCAGUCCUUAUCAGAUGCCUAAGUGAUGGUGAUGUACAGGAACAUUUAGUAGGAAUCAUUAAUGUAAAGAAAACUGAUGCUGCUAGCUUGAUGGAUGCCAUUCAGAUCUUCCUCAACUCCCAUGACAUAGACAUAACGAAGGCCGUGUUUUGUGCAUUUGAUGGAUGCAACACUAUGAGCGGUGUCAAUACAGGCCUAUAACGCAGAUUUAGACACUUAGUACCCCAUCAGAUCUACAUUAACUGUCGGAGUCAUAAGCUGGCUCUGUGUGUUAAGCAUCUCAUUGGAAGGUUCCAUGUCCUUGCUGAUGUAGAUGAGGUACUACUGUCAAUAUGGAAACUCUUCCAGUACUCACCCCAACGCUUUGCAGUAUUCAAGGAUGUUCAGGCUACCUAUGAAAUAAA